AUGGCUACGAUUCCCACUGUCGACGUCGAUUCUACUUUAUCACAGAGUCCCAAGGUGGCACUUACGAGUGGAGAGACCACUGAUCAAAGCGAUGUGAACCAAAAGCAGUCUCCGAAUGUUCGCACCAACUUCAUGCCCCAUCAAAUGCUCAUGCAGACGGCGUUAACGGUGGAGUAUGGCAAGGACCCUACCAUCACCCCUAUCAUCAUUCAUGAGGAGAUUUUACGUUGCCAUAGCAUCCUGUUCAGCCAAUGCUGCGAGAAAGCCAAAGCCAUGCGGGAUAAAUAUGCAGAAUGCCGAGCGCUGCUGCAAGCGCUGGGGGCCUAUCUCUUCCCCGAGGUCACAGUCCAGCGAUUCGAGAAAGAGCGCCUUGAGCUGAAGGCCAUCCCGUUGCUCAUGGAACUGUCGACAAAUUAUCCGCUCAAGUCAUACCAGCGUUUGAUCAAAGAAACCGUUGAUGAGGCUGUGGAUGAAGAAGUUCACAAUAAAAACGUCAAGCCUGUAUCAUUCGCUACCGGACCCGGGGGUGUGAGGAAGAAAGAGUCUAGGGAUAUGACGCGCGCUGCGAGCCUUGAUGCACGCUUAGGAUUUCUCAAAUCACGAGGUGUACGAGAGGUGGCGGAGCAGCUCUACGCCAAACUCCACCAAAUAGAAAAACAGGAGAGGUUCAAAGCCCAGACGAAUUCUUUGACAGCUUUAGCACAGAACCGUCUUCUGCUGCCAGAUACGGAUGAUGUUACCGUCCAACUGCUAGUGCAAUGGAUCUAUCGCGGCACACUUGAUGGACACGAUGCAAAUCAGACAUACGCAUUGAUGAACCUGGCAAAAAGACUUGGGGUAGAAGUGCUCAGCGAGUUGUGCCUGGGCAUCCUUGUCAAUCGUCUAAAGGACACUUUGCAGGCGGCUCGUGUGGCAGGUUUUCCAUUCGCCCAUCUGCUAGGGUAUGGUUCUGGCCCCGCCAAUCAAUUGCUCGACAUUGUUUUCAAUAAGGUAUUCCUCGAAAACGACCCCCCAAAGAGACUCAAGGAGUUAGUCAUCAAUGCCAUCGCAGAUGACCUGAACAUGGAGCUUUGGAACCACCUUAAAAGCACUUUGAGCCACGAACUUGCUUUACAACUUAUCGAAGCCAUGAUACUUCGGGGCCGAAUCAAAGACGAACAGCCGGGUGAAGUACCCAUGAAUUUGGAAGAAUGUGAUAUUACAGGAGAAUGA